CCCACCAAGCUGCUUUCUUUCAUUCCCAAGUUCCGUGCAAUUUCCAAUAAAAAUAUACUCUUUGCCUGUAACUUUGAUCGCAGGACAAAUCCAAAGGGGGGUUCGUGAGUUCGACAGAGUAGAAAGGCUAAUCUUUGUAUGGAGCAACUCAUUAACUUCAUUAUCCGGCCACCCAGAGCUGAGUACGACCAAACAGAUGAUUUGCUGGAUCAAGAAUUCAUGCUCAAGGGUAAAUGGUAUUUGAGAAAAGAUAUAGAGGUUAAAAAUAGUCGAGGAGAUACUCUUCAAUGUAGUCACUAUAUGCCCAUUAUUUGUCCGGAGGACAAAUCACUGCCUUGCGUUAUUUACUGCCAUGGAAACAGUGGAUGCAGGACUGAUGCUAGUGAAGCUGCUAUAAUUUUGCUACCUUCAAACAUUACUGUUUUCACACUUGACUUUUCUGGUUCUGGAUUGUCAGGAGGAGAACAUGUGACCUUAGGUUGGAAUGAGAAAGAUGAUCUCGCUGCAGUGGUUGAGUACUUGAGGGAAGAUGGCAAUGUCUCCCUCAUCGGUUUGUGGGGUCGCUCAAUGGGUGCAGUGACUAGCUUAAUGUAUGGGGCUGAGGAUCCUUCAAUAGCUGGAAUGGUGCUUGAUAGCCCAUUUUCUGAUUUGGUCGAAUUGAUGAUGGAACUUGUGGAUACGUAUAAAGUUCGUAUUCCCAAAUUCACGGUGAAGUUUGCGAUCCAGUACAUGCGAAGAGCUAUUCUCAAGAAAGCAAAAUUUGAUAUCACUGAGCUCAACACUAUCAAGGUGGCAAAGUCCUGCUUUGUUCCAGUUCUACUGGGACAUGCCGAAGAUGAUGGUUUUAUACAGCCACACCAUACAGACCGUAUAUAUGAAGCUUAUGUGGGGGAUAAGAAUGUAAUCAAAUUUUUAGGAGAUCACAACUCUCCUCGUCCACAGUUUUAUUUUGAUUCUAUAAACAUCUUUUUCCACAAUGUUCUGCAACCUCCUGAGGAUGACGUUGGGGAAACUUUUCUUGACACAAUGCCUGAUUACUUUGGCAGGGAUAAAUGGAGUACCUUACCGGAACGGGGACAUGCAGAGGAUAAUUUCUUUGCGGCAGGUCUUGCUUCAAGCACAACAGAAGAUGCCAUUGAGCAGCUUCGAUCCAAGAGACAGAUGAGUCGAAUGGAGGUUCCAUCAGAUGUCUCGUCACAAGAUAAAUCCGCAGAAAAUGAGGAAGGAUCCAGAAAUAAGCUGAGGCCGUCGUCUUCAAACAUGACUAGUUUUGAACUAUCUGAUGGCCAUCCAUAUGGUCCCCAUGUCCCGGCUUCUAUAGAUGCUGAUGAUUACCUUGAGUACUCACUUGAUAAUAGCUUGUCUGACUUUCCUUCCAACUUAGAAGAAGAAGAAAGGAUGUUCAGAGAAGCUAUGAUGGAAUCGUUAAAAGACAUGGGGACACUUUCUAAUAAUACCACGGAAUAUUCAUUAGAUGACAAUUCCGAGAAGCCUAAUUCCCUCCCAAACGGUUAUGAGUCUUCUGUUCUUCUUCCUAGUUCAGAGCAAUCAGCAAUCAUUGGACAUAAUUCAGCUGACCAGAUCCAGUCAGACGAUAAACUUCUUAUUUCCUCCGCUCAAUCUGAACCGCAGACUCUAGCAGAAACCAGCAAUUCUCCAGCCAACACAGUAAGCUCAGCCAAUGAUAUUGAAACAGUUGGUUUUACAAAAGCUAUGUCCUCCACUCAAUCUGAACCGCAGACUCUGGCAGAAGCCAACACGGUUUAACA